AUGAGACGACUCUUUCUUGAACUAUAUCAUAAACAGAUCUUCCCCUCCACACCAAUCACGAGUUUUUCUCUAUUCCUCUCGUAUAUCGUCGUAACGCCCUUAAUGCUAGGUUUUGAAAAAGACUUUUCAUGUCAUUCCCAUUUAGGUCCGAUUCGGAUCCCUCCGUUGUUUCCUUUUCCUUCCGCACCUUUUCCUCGAAAUGAGAAAGAAGAUGGUACACUUGAAUUGUAUUAUUUAAGUGCUUAUUGCUUGCCAAAAAUCCUACUUCUACAAUUGGUAGGUCACCGGGUUAUUCAAAUAAGUCGUGUUUUCCGUGGUUUUCCCAUGUUACAACUUCCGUACCAAUUCGGUCGAUCCGGAAUGGAUCGGUUAAACAUUCCAUUAGGUAGCCUGGUCUUGACUCUUCUGUGUGGUAUUCAUUCUCGUUCGGCUCUUGGAAUCACAUCCAGCAGUGGUUGGAACAGCUCGCAAAAUCCAACCACUUCACCUACUUCAUUGCCCCCAACCGUUUCUCGUACCUCUAUUGAAACAGAAUGGUUUCAUGUUCUUUCAUCGAUUGGUUAUUCCUCUCCGUUCGUAUCUCUUUUUCCAAUUUUGGUCUCGAUUAGUUCACAAGAUUGAAUGGCCAAUUCUCCUCCAAACCCUCGAUUCGAUUGUUUUCCAAGAAUGUUGAGCCGGGUAUGUAAGCCAUGUAUCUGGGAGGAACAACAAUAAAAGAAGGGCUUUCGGUUUUGGUCUUGCAGCUAUUUUCAAAAUAUAUAUAUAAGAAUCCCUUUUUUAGAAGAAAGAUUAUAUAUAUGUCCAAUCUCUAGUGGUGGUGGAACCAACCAAGAUGUAUGUCGUCCGACCCGACCUCAGACUCUUUCUUCCCGACCUAUUUGACUCUUUGGCCGUAGUUAUUUAGGUGGUAUUCCGAGAUCGAAUUCCUCCCAGGAACACACGAAACAAAGAUAUGAACUGGGUAAAUAGAAAU